CUCUGCACAUCAUACAGACACGGCCAGUUUCGAUUAUGUUCGCACAGAACAACUUGAUCGUAUCUAAACAAAUUGCUCUAUUAACACUUUUAUUGAUAUCGUCCUCACAUGUCGCCGAUCACCUUCGUCCACGAUAUCAUUGACCGUGCGUUGGAAUUCGUGAAGCUCGUACAAAAUCGAGAAAUAGGAUGGCAGACAGUUGAUCGAAAGACCGGUCAAUAUAAGAGGGAGCAGCAACCAAUCCUCAAGAAACUCAAGCUGCUCUUUCUUUUCAGUCCGGUGAUGACAUGGCUUGAUCGAACACACCUUCUUCGAUUAUGGAUUCAUGACAAGACCAUCGAAGCCGGUGAGAGGGAAGCCUCAAAGCGGUCAGCCAGUCAGAUACAACCAUUUGUAGAAUUCUAUGGUAUCGAUAUGAGACAAUUCCACCCUUCGAGUAUAUACGACUACAGGUCUUUUGAUGACUUCUUCAUUCGUGAGCACGCGCCAGGAAGUCGACCGAUUUAUAAACCCGACGACGACUCGGCAGCGGUGGUGGUUGCAGAUUCGCGCGUUGUGGUAUAUCCAACAUUGUCCGAAACAAGAAAGUUGUGGAUCAAGGGAAGGAAUUUUACUAUGGAGGAACUACUACUCGACCGGGCGAGAGCAAAGCUUUGGAACGAUGGCGCUAUUGCAAGCUUUCGACUGAGUCCGCAGGAUUAUCACCGAUAUCACUCCCCCGUCAGUGGCACUGUUACAGGGUUCAAGGCGAUUUCUGGGGAGUAUUAUCAAGUGGAUCCGCUGUGUUUAAGUAGCGAUGUGGACAUCUUGACACGCAACGCGCGCUGCUGUAUUGAAAUUGAAACAAAGGAGUUUGGAAGAGUCCUAUUUGUAGCCAUUGGUGCUACUGAUGUCGGAACAGUAAAAAUCUCCGACAAGUUCCGUACAGAAGGAGCAGUGGUAAAAAAGGGGGAUGAGAUUGGCUUCUUUCAGUUUGGAGGUUCGAGCAUUAUUGUUGCCUUCGAGAAAGACAGAAUCAAGUUCGAUGAAGAUCUUCUAAGUAUUAGUCGGCAGCGCAUCAUGGUAGAUGUUGAAGUAGGCAUGAGUUUAGGCAAUGCAAUAUCCAGAUAGAUGAUCAGCGCCGUGGCC